GAGUUCAAGACACAGACACAGAAGCUUACUGCCACUCUGUUGAUUUAACGUUAGCUCUGUGUUGCCCUCGGCCAUCCUCCUCUCCAACUCUUUCACUUCUUCCACCGACAAACGUAGCAUCAAAGCAAUGUCUGGACGCACAGAACCACGGCAGCAACCUGGCUACGCCUGUGAAGAAUGCCGAAAAAAGAAGCUUCGGUGCGACAGGAAACGUCCUCAAUGCAGUGCUUGCGCCAAUUCUGGCAUCUCGUGUAGAGUUUUUGAGAAGCGCGCAUCACGUAACAGCUCUACCAAAACUGUACAAGAUACUGUUGAGACACUGCGCAACCGCGUCGGCAUGUCUUCCCUCCCCGACCUGAUGCUGACUGAUGUGCUUACUUCUAUCCAUGUAGCUUUGCUUGAGCGGCAGCUUGCAGAAUCGCAGUCCACAACCCCGAAUGACUCUCACGACUUUGACUUCAAUGAAAUCACCGAUCCAUUGACUGAAGACACGAGUUCGGAAGAGAACGGUCGUCUCCUGCGAUACCCACGACCAGAGUACUUAUCCGAGACCGAAAGUGGUUGUCAGUUACGUAUCCCUCUGCUACCGACGCCGCCGCUAUUACCGUAUUCGUCCCCAGGCCAUGAACCAUCGUCUUCCACUCAGCUUAUUAACAGCAAUGUUCUCGCAACAACGCAUCAAAAUCUACCUGCAACACUAUCACUCUCAUUCUCAGUUUUGUCUGCAGUUUCUCCAUUGCCACCGAUCGCUCCCAUAGACGCAGACAAACUCGUAAGCGCGGAUCUAACGCAGCUUUGUUUUGAUCGUUUUCAUGCCGUCGUUCCUAUCCUCAGUCAGGUAAGGACGCUCCGCUGGAUCAGCGGAACCGACAAAACCUUGGAUGGGUAUCAGCGUUGUCUGCAACACGCCAUAUGGACCACGGCGGCAGCCUGCUCGAGCCAGUUUGCAGGCAUAGCAGACAAUUUAUACACCAAAACGAAGGCUAUGCUAGAAGAUCUGGAUUUAAAGGCCGUCGAAACUGAGCACAGCCGAGUCGAGUGCGUUCAGGCCUGGAUUCUUAUUACUUACUACGAGUUCGCUAAAGUAAACUAUCGCCGAGGUUGGUUGAGUGCGGGCCGCGUUUUCCGCCUGAUACAACUACUGAAGCUCUACGAAGUCGACAGCCCGGGAACCUGGACCUUCCCAGAUGAAAAAGAUCAGAUAAUAGAGAUGGAAGAGAAGCGAAGAGCGUUCUGGGUAGCCUAUUGUCUCGAUCGUUUCGCUAGUGUUGGUGAGGGUGCGCCAACAACGCUCAGUGAAGAAACAGUAUGCACUCGUCUGCCAUGUCCUGAAAGUGACUUUGAAAGCGGAAUCAUCAAACCGGAAUGCUGUCUGGCUGAGGCCAUUGUAGACAAUGAGCUGAGGACCUACUCUCCACUAGCCGAAUGCGCCAUUCUGGUGACUAUUGCUGGGCGAGCCAUGGCACAUAAGCAGGUAGCCACCAUGGAAGUCUUCUUGGGCAGUCCACCCACAGAAUUUUAUGAACGACACGAAUGGGUAUAUGACAUGCUGACCCGCCGUAUUGCAUCUCUCGAAGCAAAUCAUCCGAACCUCAGCUUGGUCUCGAACUCGCUCGUCAUUUUCUCGUACCUUGUCGCACAGACCUCUAUCAUCUUCUUAAGCCAUAUCAUGGAUCCUCUGGUCGCUAUUCCAGGGAGCAGAGCCGCGGUGCGGCAGUUCCAUCGGCGCGGAGUCUUCGCCGCACAAGAAAUCGCCCGCUUGGCAAAAGAGCACGAAACACUGGGCUACUUCAGGGCGCACACCUUCAUGCCCCAAGUAAUAUAUUUUUGUGCAGCGAGAAUGGUCACGCAUAGAGAACUCUGGAAAGACGAAUUGGACGCGGACGAGCAACAGGUGAUUGACACUACAUACCAAACUUCGCUGCAUGCGCUAGAUAACUUUGUGUGGGUCAACAACCUAGCAAGCCAUUACCGCUCUAAACUGGAAAUGCACAUCAGAAACUUGGGGAGGUAGAGGUUGGUGGCCGUCACUAUCUAAGACACAUGUUGCGCAGAAGAAGGUGGAUCUAUCGUGGCAUAGCAGUAGAACUCACGGCGCAGGCGGCGAACUUCUAUUUUGAAGAAAAUUAUCCACCAGGACAACACUUCGAGUGCCGCAAUAUCAAGAAGUAUUUUCGCUGUGUAUGGUGUGUGCGUGAUAGCGUUGCUGGGUUUGAAUUUUCACACAAG